CAAGGUCAGUGCUUUACGGGAUCAGUUUCAACUUCAACUGGGGAUGUCCCAAAGAUCCAAAUUAGCAAGGAUCAUAUGUUAAGGACGGCUUUGGUUAGCCAAUUUCUGACGUAAAAGCUAAUAAGGAGACACACGACACGAGCUAGCAACUCGGCAGGAUGCCAGUAUACGUCAGAAAAGGGCCUGCAGAUAUCCCCGAGCCCCCCGACAACGGCCACGGUGAUGACGAGGAGGAGUUGUUCCUGAGUGACCCUGAUCAACUCCAGGACCAGCUCCCCCAGCCGUUCAGAAUGAUAGACAAGGUCCUGGACAGACUUGUAGACAGGGCAUGGGACUUCAUCUCACAGAGAGAAACUGUCAGGGUCACAGAGCAAGCUAUUAAAACUAUACCCAUUAUGCAGGCCUCAGGGGACGUAAAGCUCCCUGUGAGGACCAACUGCGUGGCCUGCUCUGAGGAUGGCAGGUACAUCUUCCUGGGUCACCCCCACGGCCUGUCUGUUAUGGCUCAGCCCCAGGGAAUCACCACCUCCUCCUCUUCCUCUCCCUACUGUGUGCCAGUAUGGCAGGAGGACCAGGUAGAGAUCACCUCUCUUCAGAUCACCUGUCUCGGGGAGAUGGUCUACCUGCUAGCAUCCCUGGAUGAUAUGGGUGUUGCCAGACUGUUUGCUUAUUCCUCAGAAACCACCCACCUGAUAAAAGUCAUGAACGAAACAGAUGACCUCAACCAGAGAAGUGUCUGUGUGAAGUUUGAACUGUCCAGAGGAGGAGACUACGGAGCUGCUACCAUCAGCUGUAAUGGUUGUCAGUGUUUAGAGGUGUACAGAUUCCCUAAAGACUCCUGGCUGAAAGAGCUGUCCCAGCAUGCACCUGGAGUAGGAGAUACAGGCAAACUGUCUCCUGUCGCCAUGCUGAUGAAGAUCAAACCACCUAAACCUCACACAGGUACUUCCCAUGACAUACUGUCCUACCAAACUUUAACAGAUCACAGUCGGGUCGUUCCAUGUCAUUUCAGCAAGACAUGACCCCCACCAUCUCAGAUCGAUCUGAAAUAGUUUCU